AUGGAGUCAAACAGUCUCGCGGAUAGACUUGGAAUGCAGAACGGCUCCAACGGAGGACGAGGUCGCGGCCGCGGCGGUAACCGAGGUGGUCGCGGACGAGGCGGUCAUCGUGGUCGUGGCAGAGGCGGUCGUGGUGGAUCCGCCAACCAAGCUACCACCAACUCCAACCCUGCUCCCAUGGACAUUGACAGCCCCGUUGUCGCUACCCCUGAUGAAACUCCGCUUCCGUCCGGCGCCGCUACCCCAACCUGGACACCCAAACCCAUAGCCGCUGGCACAGACGCAGCCGUCUACCUCACUGAAAACCGUUUCGCAGAUCUUCGAGGUUCCAUCGACGACCGUCUUCUCUCCGCCAUCCCUUUCCCCACCAUGUCUGCUGUUCAAGCAGCUACCCUCUCCACGGCGCUAUCUGGGAAGGAUGUUCUCGCACAAGCCAAGACAGGUACUGGAAAGACGUUGGCUUUCCUCAUUCCUUCGAUUCAGAAACUUUGUGCGCUGCCUAAACCUCCGCCCCAAAGGUCUAUUUCGGUGCUUGUGCUGUCUCCUACUAGGGAGUUGGCGCUGCAGAUCGAAAAGGAGGCUCAGAUGUUGCUCGCUAACUUGCAGGGAACGUUUGCGGUGCAGCAUGUUGUGGGAGGAACGAACAUUGGUGCGGAGAGGAAGAGGCUGCAGAGGGAUAGGAAAGAUCUGUUGAUUGCUACUCCAGGACGUCUUCUGGACCAUUUCGCAAGCGAUGCUCCAGGACUGGACCUGAGGAAAGCAUGCCAAAAUCUAAAAGUGCUGGUGCUGGACGAAGCAGAUCGAAUGCUAGACAUGGGAUUCCGUAACGAGCUCGAAAAGAUCCUAAAAAUGCUUCCGGACCCCAUCUCCUCCAACCGUCAAUCGCUAUUCUUCUCCGCCACCAUUCCAUCUUUCGUUCACGAGGUCGCAAAGCUCCGCCCUGAUCACGCAUUCAUCUCGACCUUGACGGAACAGGAUUCGAAUACGCACGAACACGUUCCUCAAGAAUCCCUCAUCUGCGCACUCCGAGACUGCCUCCCACAUGCGCUCCAAGUUGUGCUAUCCGAAGCGAUCCGAUAUCCCACCAACCAUAAGAUCCUUGUCUUCCUUCCCACCGCAAGAUCAACCUCCCUCGCAGCAGCUCUCUUCUCCUCACUCCGGAGCCAGAAAGGUUCGAUGUACUCGAAAUUCAGCCCUAUCUUCGAAAUUCACUCGCGCAAAGCCCAAGCAAUACGAACAAGGACAAUGGAAACAUUCCAAACCAGCCCCAGUGGCAUCUUGUUCUCCUCCGACGUUACAGCUCGAGGUAUCGACAUUCCCGGAAUCUCGCUUGUUCUGCAACUUGGACUCCCCAGUUCGCUGGAGCAAUAUAUCCACCGAUUGGGGAGAACUGCUAGGGCGGGUAAGGAGGGAAGAGGAGUGCUCAUCCUCGCUGAGUUCGAGAAGUUUUUCCUGCAACAGGCUGAUGUGAAGAAGCUACCGAUUACACCGCUCGAUCUGGGUAGGGUGGAAAAGGAAAGUGGAGUGGGGUUGGAAGACGUAGCGAGGGAUGUUGAGCAGGCGAUGCGAGGGAUUGAUGCAACGACAAGGAGUCAAGCCUAUCAAGCGCACUUGGGUUUCUACAAGAGUUAUUUGAAACAGUUGAAAUGGAAACCGGAAGAGUUGAUUAGUAGUACGAAUGAGUAUGCGAGAGAUAUUUUGCAGUGGGGUUCGGAUGGGCAAGGGAGUGGCAAUGGUGGGGGGUGGGUGGGACCACCGUUGUUGCAAAAGACAGUGUCGAUGAUGGGAUUGAAGGGUAAGAGUGGGUUAAAUGUUGUUAGGGAGCUGCCUGGCAAAGGCAACGGCGGUGGGAGAGUGAAGAGGCAAGGCCAGAGUCAGGGUGGGAGGGACCGAAUGAGCGCUAGGGCCACAACAACACAUUGA